UAGCCAGAGCGUUGACUUGGAAAUGCUGAGAAACUCUCUGGGCCCAUCUGUCUGCACGGUUUCGGGCCCCUAGGUCCUUUUGGCUCGGCCAAUCAAAACGGCACGUGGUGGAGAGGGACCUAUCAGCGAGCAGUAUUCCUGAAUAUUCAUCAGCUAUCCAGUCAAACCUUUCAGGCGAGUUAGUGUGUAUUCACAGCAUCAUGCCUCGACUUUGUCAACCCCAAAACUCCAUUUUCUUAUGAAUGGAGAGUGAAAAAAAUCAGAUUCGCUUAAAUUGGGAUCCUUCUCGGCCGGUGGGAGUAGUGGAAGGAAAAGAAGUGAAGUGACAAGCUGGGAGGCGAACGAUGACCAUGACUACAAUGUCAGAAAACCUCAACAGCCCCGUCUCAAGUAAAGCAGUUUUUAUGGAGUUUGGGCCACCAAGUCAACAAAUGUCGCCUCCCAUGUCUCACGGACAUUACUCCAUGCACUGUUUACAUUCCGCCGGCCACUCUCAACAUGACAGCUCCUACAACACUGCUUCAUCCUUCUCACGGUCUCUGGGCUACCCCUAUGUCAAUUCAGUGAACAACCAUUCCAGUAACCCCUACAUCAAUUCAGUGCAAUCGUACCAAAACAGCUCGAAUCUGGCACACACAAGAUUAGAGGACACAGGAGCAGAGUCAGAUAAAGGUACCGUGGUGGAGAGUGGAGAAGUCAGGUUUAAUGGGAAAGGGAAAAAAAUCCGCAAACCCCGAACCAUUUAUUCCAGUCUACAGCUGCAAGCUUUGAACAGACGGUUCCAACAAACUCAGUACCUGGCUCUGCCUGAAAGAGCCGAGCUUGCAGCUUCUCUGGGGUUGACACAGACACAGGUAAAGAUUUGGUUCCAGAACAAGCGUUCUAAGUUUAAAAAGCUGAUGAAACAGGGUAAUGGUGCAUUAGAGAACAGCGCCCUUGCUAAUGGUAGGGGCCUAUCCGGAUCCUCCCCUCCAGUUCCACCCGUCUGGAACCCCUCAUCUGCCGGCAAGAGCUCCACAGGGACCCCGGGAAACUACAUCCCUAGCUACACAUCGUGGUACCCUCCAGCGCACCAGGAAUCUAUGCAGCAGCCCCAACUGAUGUAAGAUAACCACCCUCGCCCUGUUUAAGCAAGGACAAUAAUCCAAGAAAGCAAUUUCUGAAGUGCACCAUGCCCUUAGCACAGAUGUGAUGCGGAGCGAGUUCCCAAUCCUGCCAGCUGACAGCUCGGCGAAACCUCUCUCAGAUCCCGGUUAGAACAGACCGCCAGCACCAAGACUCUGUGGCGUAAUCCCUGGGACAGUUAAAAAGCCUUUGUUACAAAUUCCUUGUAUGCAUCCUACUCCAAAAGAGGCAGGCUUUGUAUCCCCCAUUAGGAUUUUGCGUCUGUAAUCUGAAGACUGGUUAACACAGCGCAGAAUUCACGACAGCAGGAAGUUCUUACUGCACGCGGUCACGGUUUUUUUUGUACAUAUUAUUUAAAUAUGUUGCACAGAUUUAGCGUUUUUUUUGUUUUGUGUGGAGUGUACAUGAUACAUUGUGAAAUGGGAUCUUAAUAUUUACCUGUGAAAUGCAAAUGUGAUGCUGAAAAACACUGU